GUUUGAGUUUUUAUUUUUUUAUAUUAUUUUAGUUUUUUUAAUAAUACGUUACAAUAAAAUAUAUAGAACAGAUAAUGUUUCUCUACAAACGUGCAUAAAUAUAUUAACGCCUAACGGUUUUAGUGAUACCUAAAUUAUGAAGUCUUCCAAUGGCUCUGAGUGCAAAAUCUGGUGGAUUACUUUUGGUCUUAUAUGUGGAGCAACAUUUGUGACCCGAUUCUACAAAGUACUGGAACCAGAUCAUGUCUGCUGGGAUGAAACACACUUUGGUAAAAUGGCUAGUUGGUACAUAAAUCGAACAUUUUUCUUUGAUGUGCAUCCUCCACUUGGUAAAAUGCUUAUCGCUUUAUCAGGCAAACUGACUGGCUAUGAUGGAACUUUUGCUUUUGAUAAACCUGGUGAUAAAUAUGAUGGUGCGAGGUACGAAGGGAUGAGAAUGUUUUGUACCAGUCUGGGUGCACUAAUAAUACCACUUACUUUUCUCACAAUAUGGGAAAUGACAAAAUGUUUGGACUCCACUCUUAUUGGCACCUUAUUGCUGUUAUGUGAUGUUGGAUUCUUGACAUUGAAUAGGUAUAUUUUGCUGGAUCCUAUUCUUCUAUUCUUUAUGAGUUGCUCUAUUUAUGGCGCAUUUAAGGUGAAAUCACUAACUGAAGAUGGUUUAGCACCAUUUAGUACCAGAAUGCUAGCUUGGCAGUUUUGGCUGGGAUCGGCACUCGCUUGCACAAUGUCGGUGAAGUUUGUAGGAUUGUUUGUUGUUUUGUUUGUCGGUCUGCGAACAAUAGCCGACCUGUGGAAUGUACUUGGAGAUCUCAGCAAGCCAGUCAGCUUAACAGUAAAACAUUUAAUCGGAAGAACAAUCACCCUCAUUAUUUGGCCGUCGUUGUUAUACAUUUUCUUCUUUUGGAUUCAUCUGACGGUGUUAAGCAAAAGUGGUAAUGGCGACGGAUUUUAUUCCUCCGGUUUUCAAGCUCGUUUGGAGGGCAACAGUCUGCACAACGCUAGCGCCCCGAGAUACGUCGCCUACGGAGCUGUAAUCACCCUGAAAAACCACCGCACGGGCGGGGGCUACUUGCAUUCACAUCAACACUUGUAUCCGGCCGGUUUCGGCGCUAAACAACAACAGAUAACGACGUACACGCACAAAGACGACAACAACCGAUGGAUUAUCAAGCCGUUCGACCGCGAGUCUGUGUCGGGCGUGGUGCGCGUGCGCAGCGGUGACCUCGUACGACUCACGCACGCCGCCACCGGCCGCAACCUGCACUCGCACCGCGAGCGCGCGCCGCUCACGCACAAGUUCAUGCAAGUCACCGGAUACGGGGAGGAAGGUAUCGGUGACGCGAAUGACGUUUGGAAGGUUGUUAUAUCGGGAUCAAAAGAUGGUGACGACUUACAAACUGUUCGAAGUCGGCUGAUGUUUAUGCAUUAUUUACAAGCAUGUGUGCUGACUACCACAGGUAAACAGCUACCCAAGUGGGGCUACGAGCAACAAGAAGUUGCUUGUAAUCCUAAUUUGCGAGACAAAAAUGCGCUAUGGAAUGUGGAGGAUAAUAUUUUUGACCAGUUGCCAAAAGUGAGUUUCGAGGCUUACGCGUCUGGUUUUAUAGAGCGCUUUAUAGAGUCGCACGCAGUGAUGUUCCAAGGUAACGCCGGCCUCAAACCGAAAGAGGGUGAAGUGACGUCGCAACCGUGGCAGUGGCCCAUCAAUUACAGAGGACAAUUCUUUUCGGGGAGUGCUCACAGAAUCUAUCUGCUGGGCAAUCCAGUAGUGUGGUGGACCAAUCUCCUCUUCCUCGUCAUAUUCAUUGUCGUGUUCGUCAUAAAUUCAAUAAGAGAAAAGCGAGCGAAGGCUUUUGGUGUAGUAUUGCAAAAUGAUAGUGAGAGUCUGCGAGCGAGCGCGUGGGCGGCGGCGGGCUGGGCGCUGCACUACGUGCCUUUCUGGGCGAUGGGCCGUGUGCUAUACUUCCACCACUACUUCCCGGCACUCAUAUUCAGCACUAUUCUCACUGGUAUAUUGACCGUGUACCUGCUGAAGAGUGUCCAGAGCUACCUGAGCCCCGAGCUGGGCAGAACAGUAUACCAUUGCUUCAUGGGAAUUAUAAUUUCCACUAGUGUGUAUAGUUUCUAUCUGUUCUCGCCUCUCGCGUACGGUAUGAGCGGGCCGCUAGCCAGUGAACCCAACUCUACCAUGACUGGCCUGAAGUGGUUAGACACUUGGGAAUUUUAAUUAUUAUUAAUAAUAAUUUAUUAUCAUAUUAUGUAAAGUAAG